AUCCUAUUCUUAGUAACCCAAAAUCCCGCAAACCAAACGCGCGCGAGAAACCCGCAAAGAAAAUUCACGAUUCACCUUGAAAACAGACCAAUGACCGGAAAAUCAAUGGGAAGUCGGGCUAGGCUUGUGCGAUCUCCACGAUUGUCUUUCGCUCUGUCCCUCUCUCCCUUUCAUCCCUCGCAUGCCGAAACCCAAACUUUUUUUGGGGGUGAUUUGGUGAUUUGCCGAUGGUGAUGGACGGAGAGAGAGACGGAGAAGGAGGUGGAGGAGGAGGAGAGGAGAUUUUUGAUGGGGAAUAUGAAUCGGGCCCGCAAGGGGAAGUCGAUUUGGUUCAAGAGAUAACAAGUGUGAUUGAAUCUGUGGCGCAGCUGAGCGACUAUCGGAGAACACAGAGAAGAGAGUGCAAUGGCCUCGUUCGGCGAAUGAAGCUUUUGUUGCCGUUUUUGGAUGAGAUUCGGGACCUCGAUUUGCCGAUUUCAGAGACUGGCAUUGAUUGUUUGAGUAAACUAAAGAGGGCGCUACUCAUGGCAAAGAAAUUGCUGAAAACUUGUAAUGAAGGAAGCAAAAUCUAUUUGGCGGUGGAGAGUGAGGCUACGAUGAUUAGAUUUCAUGCUGUUCAUGAUAAGUUAUGCCAAGCUUUGGAAGACUUGCCAUAUGAUGAGCUAUGUAUCUCUGAUGAAGUGAAAGAACAGGUUGAGUUGAUGCGAGUACAGCUUCAACGAGUGAAAAGGCGAACUGAUACUCAGGACAUCGAGCUUGCAAUGGAUAUGAUUGUGGUAUUCUCGAAGAAGAAUGACCGAAAUGCUGAUAGUGCCAUUAUAGAAAGACUAGCAAAAAAGCUAGAACUAAACACUAUUGAACACCUCAAUAAUGAAGCUAUAGCUGUACGGAAUUUUGUCAAGAAAGGAGGCCAAAGUUCUGAGUGUGUCCAAAACAUCAUUGAUCUGCUUAACAAAUUCAAACAAAUUGCUGGCAUGGAGACAACAGAUGAUGUUCUCGACCAUCCUGUCAUGCCUAAGAUGCUGGAGAAGAGCCCAUCUUUAAUUAUACCUCAUGAAUUCCUCUGCCCAAUCAAUCUAGAAAUCAUGAUAGACCCAGUUAUCGUAGCAAGUGGACAGACAUAUGAGAGGGAUGCCAUACAGAACUGGUUCGAUACCAAGCAUAGGACUUGUCCAAAAACAAGACAAACUCUGGCUCACUUAUCGCUGGCGCCAAAUUUUGCACUCAAGAACCUGAUCGUGCAAUGGUGUGAACAGCACAAUUUCAAGCUUCCAAGAAAGGAAAACCCAGCAUGCUCAGAGAGCAACUGCGAUGAAAACAAAGAGGAAAUAUUGAAGUUGAUUGAGGACCUAUCGUCACGUACCUUAGAGGUGCAGAGAAAGGCGGUGAAAAAGAUCCGCCUUCUCUGCAAGGAAAAUCCUGAGAAAAGAAUCCUGAUUGCCAGCAGUGGUGCAAUACCACAGUUAACACAACUUUUAUCUUAUCCUGAUUCGAAGAUCCAAGAACACGCCGUGACAGCAUUGCUGAAUCUGUCAAUCAAUGAAGCCAACAAGAAUUUGAUAGCGAAAGAAGGUGCUAUUCCUGAAAUUAUACAAAUUCUGCAGAAUGGAAGUACUGAGGCUAGAGAGAACUCUGCAGCAGCCCUGUUUAGCCUAACGGUGCUCGUUGAAAACAAUAUAACUGUGGGAUUAUUAAAUGGAAUUCCUCCUUUGGUUGAUUUAUUGAAGAACGGAACAGUGAGAGGCAAGAAAGAUGCAGCAAGUGCACUCUUCAACUUGUCUCUCAACUUGGCAAACAAGGGAAGAGCCAUUGAUGCAGGCAUUGUGCCUCCAUUGCUUCAGCUUGUUAAGGACAGGAAUCUAGGAAUGGCAGAUGAAGCCCUUUCGAUUCUUUUACCUCUUGCUUCACAUCCUGAUGGAAGGCGUGAAAUUGGGCAGCUCUCAUUUAUUGAAACUCUUGUUGAAUUAAUCAGAGAAGGGACACCUAAGAACAAGGAAUGUGCAGCUUCAGUUCUUCUUGAACUCGGAUCGAGCAGUUCGUCUUUCAUACUUGCAUCACUUCAGUUUGGUGUUUAUGAGCACUUGAUUGAGAUCACCCAGAGUGGAACCGAUAGAGCAAAGAGGAAAGCAGAUGCUCUUUUACAGCUUAUGAGCAAGACUGAGCAGAUAUGAAAUCAAACUUCUGAUUCUUUUUCUUUUCAUGUAAAAUUGAAUUAUAAUAAAAAAAAUAUAUGUUCAUUUAUAUCUGAAUAAAGUUUAUGUUUCUAAUGA